AUGAGUGAAAUAGGAGAGAAAUUAAAGUUAAGUGAUGAUUCGUCCCGCAUUUCUGGGGUUUAUCGGACGAAAUAUGUUGUUUUUUGUUUGGUUUCUGCUCUGAUCGCAAUGAGAAUUGAGGCUUGGAAUUAUAUUUAUAAUGUUGUUGCUCAAGGGAGCUGGAAAGUGUUUCCAAAUAGCUUGAAAUCUUUGUCCGCCGCCGCCGGCUUUCCUCGGUGUAAUUACGACAACGAGGGGAGUUUUUUGGAGCACCGAAGGCAUCUUAGAGAGUCAAAAAUUCAUCGUCUUCAUCGUGCUAGUGCGCCACCGCCAUUACGCUUAUUACAUUCAUUACCUUGCUUCUCAAGAUUCAUAACAGUUCAUAACUUCCCAAUUUGCCUCUCAAUUUCCAUAGCCAUGGCUGACAAUACCCCUUCACCUAUUGAACAACAAGAAGAUGAGCAAAUGUAUGAGCCAAUCCAUGAUUUGAUGCCCGAGGAAGUUGUAACUCCAACCGGGACUGCAAAGACUGAGGAAAAUGAACAGACGGAGGUUCCUCCUUCAACAAGAUUCACAUGGAAGAUUGAUAACUUCUCUGGUAUACACGCCAGGAAGCUCUAUUCAGAUGAUUUUAUCGUUAAUGGUUUCAAAUGGCGAAUAUUGAUAUUUCCAAGGGGUAUGAACGUCGAUCAUUUGUCUGUGUAUUUGGAUGUUGCUGACUCAGAAAGUUUACCCUACGGAUGGAGUAGAUAUGCACACUUCACUUUGACAGUAAAGAAUCAAUUUCAUGAUAAAUAUUCAGUCAGAAAAGAAACAAAUCAUCAUUUUAAUGCAGGACAAGAUGAUUGGGGGUUUCCAUCCUUUGUGCCCCUUGGUGAGUUACAUGAUCCUGCCAAAGGGUAUCUUGUGAACGACACUUUGAUUGUUGAAGCAGAGAUUGUUGUCCGCAAAAUUGCGGAUCACUGGGAAUAUGACUCAAAGAAAGAAACCAGUUACAUUGGUCUUAAGAAUCAAGGAGCAACAUGUUACAUGAACUCUCUGCUUCAAACGCUUUAUCACAUUCCUUACUUCAGGAAGGCAGUUUAUCAUAUGCCUACAACUGAGAAUGAUACGCCAUCUGGAAGCAUUCCUCUUGCUCUGCAGAGUUUGUUUUACAAACUCCAGUACAGGGACAGCAGUGCUACAACAAAAAAGCUGACUAAAUCUUUUGGAUGGGACGCAUUUGACUCUUUCAUGCAGCAUGAUGUUCAAGAAUUUAAUAGGAUUCUAUGUGAAAAACUUGAAGAUAAAAUGAAGGGAACUGUUGUGGAAGGCACCAUACAGAAACUGUUUGCAGGGAACAUUGUGAGCUUCAUCGAGUGCAUUAAUGUGGAUUAUACAUCUGCCAGGAAGGAGUCAUUUUAUGACCUUCAGCUUGAUGUUAAAGGCUGCCGAGAUGUAUAUGCUUCUUUUGACAAGUAUGUAGAAGUUGAACGCCUUGAAGGUGAUAAUAAGUAUCGGGCUGAACAAUAUGGAUUGCAGGAUGCUAAGAAGGGCUUGUUGUUCAUUGAUUUCCCUCCAGUCCUUCAACUUCAGCUUAAACGAUUUGAAUAUGAUUUUUUGCGGAAUACCUUGGUCAAGAUUAAUGACCGUUAUGAGUUCCCUUUGCAACUUGACCUUGACCGAGAUGAUGGAAAAUACUUAUCACCAGAAGCCAAUAGGGGUGUUCGGAAUCUUUACACGCUUCACAGUGUCCUUGUUCAUAGUGGUGGUGAGCAGGGUGGACAUUAUUAUGCAUAUAUCAGGCCGACUCUUUCUGAUCAGUGGUAUAAAUUUAAUGAUGAAAAAGUAACCAAAGAAGAUACGGAAAAGGCAUUAGAGGAGCAAUACGGUGGGGAAGAGUUCCCAGAGACAAAUCCCGGAUUCAAUAAUACUCCACCUAGAUUUAACAAAUAUUCAAAUGCAUACAUGCUGGUGUACAUACGAGAAAGUGACAAGGACAAGAUAAUAUGUAAUGUGGAGGAGAAUGACAUUGCAGAACAUCUUAGGGAGAGAUUGGAGAAAAAAAAAGAAGAAAAGGAAAAAAGAAAGAAACAGAAGGCAGAGGCGCACCUUUACACUAUCAUAAAGGUUGCACAAGAUGAUGAUUUUGCAGAGCAGAUUGGUAGGGACAUAUAUCUUGAUCUUGUGGACCAUGAUAAAGUCAAGUGUCUUCAUAUUCAGAAGCAGACGACUUUCAUUGUGUUUAAGGAAGAGAUUGCUAGAGAAUUUGGUGUACCAGUGCAAUUUCAGCGAUUCUGGAAGUGGGCCAAGCGUCGAAACUUUUCCUACCGUCCAGAGCGACCAUUGACACCUUUGGAGGAAACACUAUCUGUUGGAACCUUGAGGGAGGUAUCUAAGCCUCCCAAUGAAGAACUAAAUCUGUUCCUGGAAGUUGAGCGUGGACUGGAUUUACGACCAAUAGCUCCACCAUAUAAGACAAAGGAAGAUAUUUUACUUUUCUUCAAGCACUAUGAUCCUGAGAAAGAAGAGGUUCGCUAUGUUGGAAGGCUGUUUGUGAAAAGGGCUUCUGAGCCAAUAGAAAAUUUGUCCAAAUUAAACGAAAUGGCAGGGUAUGCUCCUGAUGAAGAGAUCGAUCUUUUUGAGGAAAUUAAUUUUGGGCCCAGUGUUACGGGUGAACCUAUUGACAAGAAAACCACCUUCCAAGCUAGCGAGCUUGUGGAUGGUGACAUAAUUUGGUUUCAAAAGUCUGUUACCACCGAAAGUAGUAAGCAAUACCACUGUCCAGAUGUUCCUUCAUUUCUGGAAUAUGUUCAUGAUCUCCUGGUUGUGCACUUUCGGUCUUUAAAAAAACCCAAGGAAGAUGAUUUCUCUCUGCUGUUUUCAAAGUUUACUACUUACGAUGGUGUUGUUGAAAGAAUAGCUCAGCAACUUGGUUUGGAUGAUCCAUCAAAAAUCAGGCUUACUCCGCAGAAUUGUUACACUCUGCAACCUAAACAUCUGCCUAUCAAGCAUCGUGGAGUGGAUCAUUUGAUUGACAUGCUGCUGCACAGAGGUCAUACUUGUGAUAUUUUGUACUAUGAAGUAUUAGACAUCCCUCUGCCAAAAUUAGAAGCUUUGAAACAACUGAAGGUAGCAUUUCAUCAUACUACAAAGGAUGAAGUUGUUAUCCAAACUUUUAGGCUUCCAAAACAGAGCACUGUUAUGGAUGUGAUUAAGGAUCUUAAGGCAAAAGUGGAGUUGUCUCAUCCCGAUGCAGAACUGAGGUUGCUUGAAAUUAUCAAUCACAAGAUCUACAAGAUUGUCCCACCUGACGAGAUGGUUGAGAACAUAAAUGACGAAUACUGGACAUUGCGGGCAGAAGAGAUCCCAGAGGAAGAAAAGAAUCUUGGCCCAGAUGAACGCCUAAUCCCCGUAUUCCACUUUUCCAAGGAGAGGUAUCAAACCACGAAUUUUGGCGAGCCCUUUUUGAUGAUGAUUCGUGGAAGUGAGACUUUGGCCGAAGUAAAAGUCCGAAUACAGAGGAAGCUGCAAGUGCCAGACGAGGAGUUUGCCAAGUGGAAAUUUGCCUUCAUCUCACUUUCCCACCCACUGUACCUUGAAGAUUCUGAUAUCGUAGCCAGUGGUUUUUGGGACCCGGCUGCUGAUGGUCUUUGGGACCAGUGUCUUGGAUUGGAUCACUCUAAAGGACCUGGUACAGUUCCUCAGAACCGACCCAAUGUCGAGAAGCCAGUAAAAAUCUUCACUUAG